GCGCACUAUUUACCGUCAUUGACCUUGACCUCUUCGUCGUCUCGUGGAAAGAAGCCCAGCAUGGCCAGUCGCAGAGAAAAGGAACUGCGGAGGCGCCCGGUGCGCGGCGGGGAGGAGGUUCCCGCGGUCGAGAGAGAGGUGGAGAUAUCCGAAAUAGCGGAGGAUGAGGAUGAAGAAAGCUACGCGGACGACCCGCUCGUUCUGAAGGGCUCAAGAAGGCCGGCAGAACCGCCGAAGGAACCCGCUAAAGACUACUGGGGAGUUGACGAUGACGGUAACUGGGGCAGUAAGAGCGGGAAUUCGGGACGUCCUGUUGAGCCACAGGAGCACCGGAUAAGUCGCAUCAUGCAACGGGGCGCCCUGGAAAGUGCAGUGGCAUUACUGGUCCACCUAGCAGGGUUGGGGUUCUACGUAUAUGUUCACUGGUUGCAGUUUGCCUUUUUCUUUUUGGCUUUUCUCCGUGACAUCAUGCCAGAUUCUUACAUCAGACAAUUGCUGACAAAGUUCUGCGACUUUGUAUUUACAACAGUCAUCUUUCCUCUUGCAAUGUUUGUAGCGGUGGGAUUCUGGGGGAUAUAUGCCAUCGACCGAGAGAUGAUUUAUCCUUUUCGGCUGGAGGAGUACAACCCUGCAAUACUCAACCACUUUUGGCACACUACGAUAGUUGUGGCCGUGUUAGUCGAGCUUCUGCUAGUGUUCCAUCGUUUCCCGACCACCCGGAACGCAGUGGCCAUGAUUUUCUCUUACUCUACUGCCUACAUUGUCUGGAUAGUUGUGAUUGUGUCUGUCGCUGAUUACUGGGUGUACCCCUUCCUGAAGGUGAUGCCUCCUCCGCUCAUAUCCGUCUUCUUUGCUGCCUGUUUCUUUGCCACCCUCGGCAUCUACUUCCUGGGCCAGCUGGUGGGGCACUGGAGGUGGCGAGCUAGCCUCGCACACGCACGUACGGCUGGCUGGCUCGUUGGACGGUGGAAUCGGCUGGCCGUCCGUAUAGCUGCAGCCAUGUCGCUGGGAGAUUUCAGCCAGUAUGCAGAGGAUCAUGCCCGUAUCUUCGUCUACGUGAUGGCACUGGGCGAGACGAGUGGAGCGCUCUACGGAGCCAUAGUGGAUUCCCUGCAGGAAUACCCGCCCGUCCGUCUACGAGGGAGUCUCAGCAACUCGUUCGUGUUUGUCCGGCUCGCCAACCGUCUCCCUCGCUGGGCGCGCGACGGGCAGCGCUGGCAGCAGUUCCAACCCUACAAGAAAGUGGCGGGUCUCCUCGCUAUUACCCAGGUCCACGACGCAGACGAUCUAGAGACAGCGGCAGAUAGUUUCACAUCUGUGUCUAAGCGUUUCAAGAGCACCUUAGCGGCCACCAAGUGCGUCGUGUUCGCCUCAGAGGAAGACCUUGAGGGCGCCACUCUACCGGACAACUUCACCCGCGUCGAAUUCGACAACUCGCGUAGCUUCACGAAACCAGAGGUUCAACUGAAUGCGACUGCUCUCAACAACAUAGUGGCAGAGCUAGUUGUAAGCGUGGCAGAGACAGUACUGAGGAGUAUAAAAGGUUUGAGAGACCGGCUGGAGACAGGGGGAAAGAUGGACGUUUUGAUGUCGCCGCUCGACGGGAGAGAAGGGGAGAAUGACGACGAAACGAAACUAUCAAGAACUCAGAAAAUGGGUCGGAUCCACAAACACAUGGCAGACCUGUAUCUCCUCACCGGACAGCUCCAGCCGGCGUGUGACAACUUCUGCCACGCCCUCUCCCUCCUCUCUCGCGACCCCCUGUGGGAGGGGUCGGCUAACGAGGGUCUCGGGGCCACUCUCAUCAUGAAGAAGAAGCACGACGACAUCCGACAGGGGAUAAAGACAGCGGACCUCUCAAUCCCGUCAAACGUGUUUGGAUUCCUGAAAGUCUCGCAGAGAAUUUUGAAACCACGAGACCCGUCUCGUAAGAGGGCUCCCACUGACUUGACUCCAACCACCGCUAGUUCGGGGGGACAAGGAGGAACAAUGGCCAACGGAAAGUCUUCUUCCUCCUUCCACGGUCGCAGACCUCGUAGCCCUCUCCCUGACGCACAGGAGGACUCUCUGGACAGUAUUGAAGAGGGCGGAGUCAAGACCGAGGCAGACGACGAAGAAACGAGAAAACUGCUGCAGAAAGAUCUCGUGGUUGACAGAUUCACACGGGCAGAACUACACUACAGAAAGGCUGGAGCGAAUGGAGGAGUUCCAAGAAUAGAACUGCUUUUUAAGUUUGCUCGCUAUCUGGUCUCCCAAGACCGACACAAGGCGGCAACUGAAAUACUGCAGAAGAUAUUCUGGACUUCGGGAUUCAUUGACGAAAAAGAUAAGACCACCCUCUACCAGGCAAUGGCGAAGGUGUUUGAAUCAAUGGGCUACCACCGUAAGUCCAGCCUUCUCCUCUACUGGGCUGCCAGACACGCCACCUCACUCGCUGUCAGGCUGCAGGAUUACUACGAGGCCCACACUCUAUUAGCGCAAAGUCUCCCUGGUUACAAGCUGUCGAUAGCACCUGCCAACAGUGUCGUCGAGGCAACGAACUCUGAACCCUGCGGGUGGCCCCUCCUCCAGGCCAGACUAAUGAAGGAGUUGGUUUAUCUCACUCAGCAUACUGACCAAAACAGCCUCCUCAUCCAACUCACCAGAAAUCUGUCGAGCGAUAAUCUCAUUUCUCCGCUGCCACUGUCGGAGUUUCCACAGAUCUGUACGUUUCGUCCAAAACAGUUUCCGCAACAUCUGAGGCCCCACAAGACACCUGGAUCAAGCACCAGUAAAGGACCGUUCAUAGUAUCACAGUUAGGUCACUGGAAGAAGGAACAGAGACCAGAGUUUCUUUGGGUCGUCAAUGAUUCCGGAGAGAUCUCAAUGGACAUCACUAAUCCUCUGGAGUUUGAGCUCCGCAAACUAUUGUGGGAGGGGGUCCCCAUCACGGCGUGUCCAUCCUCCCUCUCCCUCCCGGCCAGAGAGAAACAAGACUUCACACUUACCGCUCUGCCACAAGAACCCGGUCGACUAGAGCUUACUGGUGCGCUGAAAUUUGCUCUCAACUGCUACGAACACACGGUGUUUGGCAUUCGCAGCAAGUGCAGCGUGAGAGUGGCGGGGAAUCCCCUCAUUCGAGUCGUCCCGUCUCUCCCCCAGCUCCGAGUCCACGUCCUGCCCCAGUUCCAUACCGCGGAACGGAAUCGGGACAGUAGCGGAUCGGGCAGCAUUGAAAGCGGGACGUCCCCAAUGAGGAGAGGAGAUGCCCAGAGAAGUAGCGUCGGUCCCCGCAUCGAGAUUGAUAUGACCGACGGAGAAUGCUGUGAGGUGGAGUUUCGGAUGAUGUGUCAGAAGGACACCCCAGUUGAGUCUCUCUCUCUCGGUGUUGAAACCUCCCCUGGCAACCGUACGUCAUACAAUGUUUCUCUCCUCUCUCUCUCUCUCUCUCUCUCUCUCUCUGUGUUGAAACCUCCACUGCACCAUACGUCAUACAAUGUCGGCUCGCCGCUCUCGCUCUCUCGCCUCUCUCUCUCUCUCUCUCUCUCUCUCGUUCGCUCUGUGUUGAAACCUCCACUGGCAACCAUACGUCAUACAAUGUCGCUCUCCUCUCUCUCUCGUCUCUCUCUCUCUCUCGGUGUUGAAACCUCCACUGGCAACCCUCUCGCUCUCUCUGUGAGUGAAUUCGUCACUGCCACCGCUAAUCACAAACCGGAGGAAUUGUGCCUCAUUACAUGCCCACCACCGGAAGUCGUCAACAGCCUCGUCCCCUUCGGUCGAAAAGAAUGUCGAACGUUUGUCGUCAACGUCAAAGCAAAAUUUCCGACGUACUACCGCGUUAAAAAUGAUUUCGUGUCGACGCUCUCUAAACAGCAGCCGUGUAUUGAUCAGACACAGACCAACAUCGUCGAAGACGGAGGUAUUUUCUUGGCAAAGAAACUCCCCGAGUCUAGAGUGGCCAGUCCGUUUCGGUCAACAGCGAUAAAGAAGGCUAGCGGAUCUUCUGCUUCUGUUGCUAAGCGAUCGUUGCUAGAGCAACCGGCGAGGCAUGUACACGGAUUGGACUCGUCUCUUCCGUCGCCUACACUGGUCGACUCGCUCAAUAUCGACGUCCCCGUGCGAACGUCGUCCGAUAUCUCCUACCCUUCGUCUUCUGAUUCUCUCUCCGUUCCCGGGAUCAGUCCCCUCACGCGGAAGAAGGGGCGUGACAGGGGCGUGGCUCGUACGGGGAGCACGCGCUCCACCCACAACCGGAAGCUGGCAAAGUACGACGAGUGGGACUUCAACCAGUAUGACGACUUGAAGCGAGCGUCGAUUCGAUCGGAUCCCGGCGAUCGCAAGAGGGAAGGAAGUGGGGUUUUGACUCGCUCUCCCGUCAGUUCCGGCGGAUCAACGCCGCUACUGAAAUCUCCGAGUCUCGCCAGUCGAACGAGUAGUUUAGCAGGCGACGGUGAACUUUCGCCUUCUGGCGUCAGUUGCGACAGUGCCGCGUUUGUGUACGAACACUCGAGUCUGCCGCGACCUUCCCGGGGGUCGCCAAAAUCGCCCGGCCACCGACCCCCCGUAGUCCGCAAGGGGGGCUCAGGGAUAAACAAAAACAACAUAUCUCUCCCUUCACAACUACGUCACAACACUCUGGCCAUCCUCCCGACCGAGGUUGCAGUGACCGCACGGUUUACUCUGAAUUACUCCGGGGGAGACGGGUGUAAAGCGGGGUACCACAGACAGAUGGAGUCCUCCGUGAAGGUCAGGGUUCACCCCAGCCUGUAUUUUGACGACUUUGGCAUUUCUGCUUAUCCUGGAAAAAUGGACAUGUUUUGCCUCUCGUUUUACGUUCACAACAAGUCUACUCGUGUUCUGUACGUCACAUGUAGUCACAAUAGUGGGGAAGAAGGGAGCCCAGAGCAGAUUAACCUCAGACUACUGCCGAAGCAAAAACACAAGGUUUACUUGUCUCUACGACGAUUCAGCCUCCCACUAGACUUGGAAAACUCGGCAAAGGAGUCAAAGGUAGCCCAGUUAUACAGUGACCACCUGGCAAGACUGGUGACAGUGCAGUGGGAGCAGGAGGGAGACGGAGGGAGAAGUGGAGUCAGCAGUCUCGAGAGCAUCAGACUUCCCUCUUCUCUACUCAACCUCAUUCAGCCCAUACCCCUCCUCAUUGAUCUGGAGGUAAACGGCCAGGAAUUAGCUACUGGGAGAGAUAUUACUCAGGAGUGCAGUGUUGGGACUCCAGUCAACGUGAAACUAACUCUCACCAACAAUACCAAUUGUAUUAUAUCUCCGUCUUGGUUGUUGGUGGACGCGUGUGAAUUCCUGGGUCAUCGGAUCAGCCACGAGUUGACUGGGAGGAUGAUAAAUAGCGGGAACCUUCUACAGAGGACUCCGCAGUUGGAUCCAGGUCAAACCUACAACCACCAGCUAUCGUUUGUCUUCUUCUACAAAGGCCACUACCAGGUGGAGUUCAAGGCCUACGUUCUUUCCACUCUGUCUCCACCGCAGAACCAGCAACACCGACACGUCAGCAGUCCACCCUUUUCUUCCUCUUCCUCCUCCUCUCCCUCUCUCCCGUUACGUACGACAGAAGAAACGGACGGCGGGAAAACCUCAAGGUCGUACAUCGAACAGAGGGUUACUAGCCCCAUCUUGACAAGCUGCCCUAAAAGCCCUACACAGAACGGAGAAUCACUGCUAGAGUACUGUGGAAAAUUCGGGGGACCCGUGUUUGCCCCCCUAAAAAUCACCCCCUGUCCGUUUAGAUGUAAAUUGGUUCCUUUGCCCGCGGAAGAUGUAACGAGCGCAGCAUUGACGUCCUCAUCACAAGCAAGAACAGAUAAACUUCUCCCAAUUUCGGAAGCCGGGGAAAUUGUGAAAAAAGAGGCACGCCUAUCACAUCAAGAAUCGCCGAGUUUGCUAGCAAAGAAAGAGCAGAUUUCUUUGGCAGCAAGUAGCCCUGGACUGGUGCGGAGAGAAAGAGGGACUAGAAGACACUUGAAUAGCUAUAGCUCCAUGCACAAGCGGUUGUCACACCUGUGCAAACGGCAAGUAUCGGGGCCCGUUCUCUCACUCCAGGUAGUCGAAUCGCGCACUUCGCGACAUCGCUCGUGAAAGAUCCUAGAUUUCCUUAUCACAUUAUGUCAUUUCCUUUCAUCAGUAUUCCGUUCGUUGUUUGUACGUGUGUUCAAAAGAUGCUUUUUAACAAU